CAAGGACUCGCUGAAUCAGCUGGAUCCAGACAUCUCUGAUUGGUUGUUAUUUUCUCUUCCUGUUGUGUCACGUGACAAACAGAAGCCGCAGAGCUGACAGGCGGACAGUCUAAGACCUGCUGCUGGAUCUACAGGAAGCAUGUCUGUUGUGAAGCUGGAAGAGUCCCGUCAGCACAUCCGGGCGCAGCUGGACAGUGUUGUGGAAUUCUGGCUAAAAUACUCCCACGACACAGUGCACGGUGGCUUCUUCACUUGCAUUGGGAAGGAUGGUAAUGUUUAUGAUGAGCUGAAGUAUGUGUGGCUGCAGGGAAGACAGGUAUGGAUGUAUUGCCGUCUCUAUCGAAGCAUGGAUCGUUUCCGCAGGCCUGAAAUCCUGGAAGCAGCAAAGGCUGGGGGAGCAUUCCUCAGAAAGUUUGCUCGUGUGUCCGUCAGUGGAAAUCAGUGGAAAUGUGCCUUCUGUUUAACAAGAGAUGGUAAAGCCGUCAAAGUUCAGAGGACUAUAUUCAGUGAGUGUUUCUACAUAAUGGCCAUGGAUGAACUGAGCAGAGUUACUGGUGACAAGGAAAUGCAGAUGGAAGCUGAACAGAUGAUGGAGCAGCUGGUCUACUGUGUUCGAGAGGACUCGUCAGGCCUGGGACGGCCCCAACUUCUAGGAGAUGUUCCCACUAACAGCAUGGCAGUUCCUAUGAUGCUGCUGUGUCUGGUCCAACAGGUGUCUGAAGGCCGACUGGAGAUGGGGAGGAAGUACGCAGAACUGGGAAGCUGGUGUGUGAGUCAGAUUCAACAACACAUCCAGAGAGAUGGCACAGCAAUCUUAGAAAAUGUGUCAGCAUCCGGAGCAGAGCUGCCUGGUUGUCUGGGCCGGCUGCAGAACCCAGGACAUGCCCUGGAAGCAGGCUGGUUCCUGCUGCAGUAUGCAGCAGAAAAUGAUAACAAGAAGAUCCAGAGAACUGCCAUUGAAAAGUUUGUGGAGCUUCCUUAUGAGACGGGCUGGGAUACAGACCAUGGUGGCCUGUUCUACUUUCUGGACGUGGAUGGUCACUGCCCCACUCAGCUGGAGUGGAGCAUGAAGUUGUGGUGGCCUCACAGCGAGGCUCUUGUUGCCUUUCUCUUGGCCUAUAGUCAGACCAAGAAGCCUGAACUGCUGGAGAAAUUCUUCAAGGUCUAUGAGUACACCUUUAGCCAUUUUCCUGACCCUCAGAAUGGUGAAUGGUUUGGCUAUCUGACACAGGAAGGGAAGGUAGCUUUGGAUUUCAAAGGAGGACCUUUUAAAGGCUUCUUCCACGUGCCUCGCUGCCUGUACAUGUGUGAGUGCAUCUUGGAUAAUCUGCUGGCAAAAAAAGACUGAAGAUUUGGACCUCAAUGUUCUGACAAAGGGAACCUAUAUGCCUUGUUGUUUGGUGUGCUGAUUUAAGCCACAAAAAAAAUCUGAAAUUCGUCAAAAAUUGCUUUACAGCCUGUGAUCGUCAUCUCUUUGGAUUAUCUGCAGAAAAAAAUAAAUGUCUUUCUAUGAUGUUAAUUUAGGAUAAGAUUAUUUCAGUACAUUGUUGCUCUGCUAAUGUCCAACACAGCCGAGAUAGACAGGUGCACAUAACACGUUUGGAUUUUUCAUCACUGCAGCUACUAUCUGUAUGUUUUUUUUAAAACUGUAUCUGAAUGAAAAGAUAACCACUCUGGAAGAACCGAGGUGAGGGCCUGCAUCAUCAAACACAAACAUUGACACACGAAACUGACCUUGUUUGUUAAAAUGUGCCUUUUUUGUGAAAAGAUUUCACCCUUUCAACCUUCAUUUUCAUCCUGCAUUUUUAUGGAAAUUUUGGCUUUCACGUCUUUUGCAAUAUAAAAAAUAAAAAUAAAAUAUAUCUGACAUUUCAA